GGAAAAGCAGCCAGUGUGAGAGAGAGAUCAGCAGGCGUCGGUAUUUUGUGUUGGCCGGACUCCGUUCUAGUAUUUUUCAGUGUUGUAAUAAUUGUUUUGCUACCGACUGUUCCUGGUAAAAUUGCUUAAAGCCGAUAAUUUUUCUGAAUUUUGUGAAUAUUUCAAUUGUUGUGCCAUAAGUCCGAUUUCGUUGCACAUUACGAGCCAUGUCAGACACUCCACUCUCUAUUUCGUUGACCUUUGUUGUAAGACGCGCCGAUUCACGUGUAAAUAUUCGUACAACUGUGAGAAGCGAUGAUUCGCAGUUUGGCUCAAGCUCCGGAACCAGCACACGAUCUUCGCAAUCUAUCCCAAAUAUUUCAAUCUCUAUCAACUUAUCCGAUGGAGCCAACUCGGGCUCAAGGGCUACUCCAGCUACUCUAGCUACUCCAGCUACUCCCCCCAUGGUGGCUGCUGGAGGCAAUCACAAUCGCUUUUCGGAAAUGAGGUCUGCGAACCAUGAUACACUAGUCCGGAUACCACGGGGGGUGCCCCGUAAUAAUCGCUCCGAUUCAAUAUCGAAUAGUGCACCAGAGGCGGCGAUUGGCUUGCGCUCUCCGAUCAGAGGAAGCCUCCUAACAGACAGGAUUUGGGACCCAUCUACCAGCCACGCCAGCACCAGUAGCGCUACCACAGGUCCUACUGCUUCGGAUGCCGAAGUCAGCGGCCCGUCGAGUCCGAACCGCAAGCGCACCGACCCAAACGAGUCCUUGGAAGAAACCUACAAAUGCCCCAUUUGUUUGGAGAGCGUAACGGGCCGAAAGCCAGUGGUGACCAUAUGUGAACACAUUUUCUGCAGCCGAUGCAUUGACACUGCCUUAAAGCACAAUCGCAAGUGUCCCAUGUGCCGGGGGUGCUUGAUCCGGGGUCAGCUGAAACCUAUUAUUAUGUAGGCCUGUCCUUCAAGUCAUCUCAAGAGCCUCCAUGAAUUUAUGAUUUAGUAUGUUUAAUUUUCUUGUUUCUGUUUCAUAAUAAAUUAGAGGGUUUGCAA